AUGAUUAAAUAAUUGCUUGCUAUAGUGACAAUUGGAAUACUUUCAAUUGCACCGUAUUUGGAUAACCCCGAUAGAAAUCUUUGGUUCGCAAUGAUACAGUUAUUGUAUCCGUCGAUGGAAAAAUUAAUAGAAUUAGGAGGUCUGAAACCUUAGUCAGAAUUUGAGUAUUUAAUAUGAGUGAAUACUAUAGAGAGUACCAUGAACAAAUUUAUUAAGAGUAAGAGAGAUAGAGAAAAGAAUAAAUGAAGGAAUUUUUAGAAAGUACUGCAAAUGUAUGUACAAAUGGAAAAGAUCCAAGUUAAUUGAGCUUGUAAGCCUAUAUUAACGAAUUCAUUGCAGGUCCAUGUCAACCUGCUAUCUUGGUACCUGGAAUAAUAGCAACAAUUUUACAAGUAAUAAUAUUAUUCUAUAUGUAUACAGGUUAAAAUUGAUUGUGAAACAUUGUAAGCAAAAAGACCAGAUAUCUUCGAAAAUUGCGGUUGGUAAACAUGCAGUGCAUCUAAGUUUUGGUUAAAGAAACCGAAUGAAGAAUAUAGACUAUGGAUGGGAUCCAUAAAUAGUCCAUUUACAAUUGCAAUGACAAAUAAGAAAAGUAAAUGUUUUGGUGAUUUUAUUGAACUAUAUUAUGAUAAAUCAAAAAAGGAUCCAAAAGAGAGGUAUUCAGCUGCACCUGGUAUAUCUAUCACUUGGCAUGGGAAUACUCCUUAGAGUGCUGAUGCAGAAUGUGGAACUACAGCUAUCUAAGAACUUUCUACUGAUUCAAUCAUCAAAUCAUCAAUGUGUGACACUAAGGGAUAUCAUAAAUUUUCUGACACUUUAAAAAAUAUGGGAUACAUACCAGGUUUGACUAUGCAAGCUGCACCAUAUGAUUUUAGAAAAUCAAUUGUAGCUUCAGAAUCACAAAAAUACAUCAAGAAAUCUAUUGAAACAUUCCAUAAGUUGACUGGCAAAACUACAUAUAUAUUUGGACAUUCCUUAGGAUCUUUGCAUGCAACUGAGGCAAUCUAUAAUAUGACACCAGAAGAAAAGUAAAAAGUAGCUGGUAUUGUUACUAUGG